GCGGGAUUCUGCCGCGUGCGCUUUCCCGCCCCGCCUCGCCUAUUCUCGUCCUGCUCUCGCCACGCCUCGGGCUGUCCGUUGGGCCACGCAGACCGCGCUGCGCUCACUCCGUCGCGGCUCCGCGUGCCCCACCUUCUCGCUAGUUUUUUCUAGAGCCCAGGCUCCGCCCGUUUCCCGCUUCCAGGGCCUGGUUCGUUCCCGCCCCCACCCGUCCCUCUCCUCUGCACCCCUACUGCUUCUGCUUUGAAGGCGGAGGCUCCAUGUUGUCCCCUCAGCGAGUGGCAGCAGCUGCCUCAAGAGGAGCAGGUGAUGCCAUGGAGAGCAGCAAGCCUGGUCCAGUGCAGGUUGUUUUGGUUCAGAAAGAUCAACAUUCCUUUGAGCUAGAUGAGAAAGCCUUGGCCAGCAUCCUCUCGCAGGAGCACAUCCGAGAUCUUGAUGUGGUGGUGGUUUCAGUGGCUGGUGCCUUCCGAAAGGGCAAGUCCUUCAUUCUGGAUUUUAUGCUACGAUACUUAUAUUCUCAGGAAAGUGGCCAUUCAAAUUGGUUGGGUGACCCAGAAGAACCAUUAACAGGAUUUUCAUGGAGAGGGGGAUCUGAUCCAGAAACCACUGGGAUUCAGAUCUGGAGUGAAGUUUUCACUGUGGAGAAGCCAGGUGGGAAGAAGGUUGCAGUUGUUCUGAUGGAUACCCAGGGGGCAUUUGACAGCCAGUCAACUGUGAAAGACUGUGCUACCAUCUUUGCUCUAAGCACUAUGACUAGUUCUGUUCAGAUUUAUAAUUUAUCCCAGAACAUUCAAGAAGAUGAUCUUCAACAGCUGCAGCUCUUCACAGAAUACGGUCGUCUGGCAAUGGAUGAAAUUUUCCAAAAGCCUUUCCAGACAUUGAUGUUUUUGGUUAGAGAUUGGAGUUUCCCUUAUGAAUAUAGCUAUGGACUCCAAGGAGGAAUGGCAUUUUUGGAUAAGCGUUUACAGGUGAAGGAACAUCAACAUGAAGAAAUUCAGAAUGUUCGAAAUCACAUUCACUCAUGUUUCUCCGAUGUCACCUGCUUUCUCUUACCACAUCCAGGACUCCAGGUGGCCACAAGCCCUGACUUUGAUGGGAAAUUAAAAGAUAUUGCUGGUGAAUUCAAAGAGCAGUUACAGGCACUGAUACCGUAUGUAUUAAACCCGUCUAAGUUAAUGGAAAAGGAGAUCAAUGGCUCAAAGGUCACCUGUCGGGGACUACUGGAGUAUUUUAAGGCAUAUAUUAAAAUUUAUCAAGGAGAAGAUCUGCCUCACCCAAAGUCAAUGCUUCAGGCCACUGCUGAAGCCAACAACUUAGCAGCUGCAGCCUCUGCCAAGGACAUUUAUUAUAACAACAUGGAAGAGGUUUGUGGGGGAGAGAAACCUUAUUUGUCUCCAGACAUUCUAGAGGAGAAGCACUGUGAAUUCAAACAACUUGCUCUGGACCAUUUUAAGAAGACCAAGAAGAUGGGUGGGAAGGAUUUCAGCUUUCGUUACCAGCAGGAGCUGGAGGAGGAAAUCAAGGAAUUAUAUGAGAACUUCUGCAAGCACAAUGGUAGCAAGAACGUCUUCAGCACCUUCCGAACCCCUGCAGUGCUGUUCACAGGCAUUGUAGCUUUGUACAUAGCCUCAGGCCUCACUGGCUUCAUAGGUCUUGAGGUUGUAGCCCAAUUGUUCAACUGUAUGGUUGGACUACUGUUAAUAGCACUCCUCACCUGGGGCUACAUCAGGUAUUCUGGUCAAUAUCGUGAGCUGGGCGGAGCUAUUGAUUUUGGUGCCGCAUAUGUGUUGGAGCAGGCUUCUUCUCAUAUCGGUAAUUCCACUCAGGCCACUGUGAGGGAUGCAGUUGUUGGAAGACCACCCAUAGAUAAAAAAGCUCAAUAGCAUCUUAAUAUGAAGAUCAAACAAGAACACAACGAGCCCCUACUGAUUUCUGGGUUUCUGCCACGGCCACAGGUUCAUAUCCAGAGGAAUGGCAGAUCUGAGACGAUCCAGGAAGAGCUAAAACAUGGCCCUGUAAUAAAUGAGCAGACCUUUCCUGUGGUUUCAAAUUAUUAAACACACUUCCAUUUCUCUUGGAAGCAUUUCUUUUCCUUGCUGUUAUAGAUGCAAGCCUGUGUCUGUUUUCAUAUUACUCUGCUUUGUGCACUUUAUGGAGGAGGAAGCUAGAGGAAAAAUGGAAAUGCAGCUUUUAAGUUCUUUAUGUGCCACUUAGUGCCUUUUAAGAUUGAUUCCAUGGUUUUGCAGACACGAUGGGGGGGAUGGAGGAUAACCUCAUGAAAGUUGCCAUUUUGGGGUGAAACUUGUCAUUUCUUUUAUACUUUACUCUUUUGAGAAGGAUUUUUUUUUUUUUUUUGAGUUGGAGUUUCGCUCUGUCGCCAGGCUUGAGUGCAGUGGUGCGAUCUUGGCUCACUGCAACAUCUACCUGCCGGGUUCAAGCAAUUCUCCUGCCUCAGCCUCCCGAGUAGCUGGGACUUCCGGUGUACACCACCAUGCCCAGCUAAUUUUCUUGUAUUUUUAGUAGAGACGGGGUUUCACCAUGUUGGCCAGGAUGGUCUUGGUCUCUUGACCUUGUGAUUCACCUGCCUUGGCCUCCCAAAAUGCUGGGAUUACAGACGUGAGCCACCGUGCCCGGCCAAGAAGGAUUCCUUUUUUAAAAGUUUACAAAACUUGGAGAAACUUCAGAACUAAAGACUAACUGAAAAUGAUGUCAUUACACUUAAAAAAAAUUUAAAAUAGGGAAUCCUGUUGCCAUAUAGUGUGGAAAAAUCAUGUCAUAUUUAAAUAUACCAUACUCUGAAAUGUGAGGUUUUUACCCAGUAGGCUGACAGUUUUGUUGCAACUUGCUCUAUUUUUUUUUUUUUUUUUCUUUUUUUUUUGGUCCCUAUAGCUUCUUUCUAGAAAAAGAGGCAAACGUGCCUUGAAAAGCCAGAGUGGCUCAUAAUAAAAGGAAUGAGCUAGAUACUUUAAGAAAAAAGCUAAGUUUAAAUGAACCAUGUGACCUCUGAUAAGUCACUUGAACUUGUGCCUUGGUCAGGUUCACUGUAGGUUUACAUAUGUAUGUGUGUUUUACACAACUCUUGUAAUUGUCAUUUGAGGGGUUUUGUUUUUGAGAGUUCUGCAUAAGAACAAAACUUUAUUAAGGAUUAGAGGGAGAAUACUACCAAAUAUUACUGCAUUUAAUUGAUGUCUAAUUUCAUGUGGCUUAGCAACAAUUAAUAACCUGAUUUAAGGUCUUUAUUCAGAAUGUUAAUUUGCAUUCUCUGCCCUGUCUAAUGUUCUUAAUAAUGAAGCUAAAAUUAACCCAUUUUAUUUACUGAAUUAUCUAUUUAAUUUUACUUUGGCUAGUCUGGUAGCUUUAAGAUAGCUUUGGCUUAGCAAGGAGCAAAGUCCUACCCAAAUAUAAACAAUAUCUAGAAGUAUCUAAGAGUUCUUUUUUUCUAUUUACCUUGAUUAGGACAUAAAAAAGUUUUAUCUGUUAGUUGCUUUUCCAUUUGGAAUUAUUGUAGAUUUUAAAACUGAAAACUUGCCUGCAAGUAUUUAUAUAAACAUUCAGGUAUAUAAGCCUUAAUUUCUGAGAUAAUUUAACUUUUGUUAUGGGAGGGAGGUAAGAGUGUAAAUUUUAUAUACAUGAAGGUAAGAUCUGAGUGUAAACUUUAUAUAUGUGAAGUAUGAAUGGAAGGUAGAAAAAAAGAAAGUCCCUUUUCGCAUGUAAUCUCUAUCAAAGAAUUUUCUUUUGACACUUUACCGCUGAAGUAUUUUUAUAAGUCCUAAAUUCCCAGCAUAUUAUGUUUCAUAUUUAUAUGCCAUCUUGCAAAGUUCUUGCUAUUUUAUUCACUUGCUGUUACACUUUAGAAAAAUUCCAACUUGUUUACUUGCAUUUAUCAGUGAUGCCAAGCUUUGACUGUUAACUUGAAAGCUUGCUUCUGAAAUGUUGGUGCAUUUUCAGGUGACCUCUUAUCUCUCUGAAAGUUCAUACCUAUUAGCAGGCUCUGUAAAUAUUGACAUACUUAGCUUUUAAUACAUUCUAUAAGUAAAUUUAUAGAUUUCAGAAUAACUGUCAAAAAAUUUAAUGGUAAGAAGUGGUGAUGUGUCGAAAACUCAUACUAAAGUAUUAGGUCACUUUAAAAAAAGUGCUAAUGUAUGAUUUAAUGAAAUCUUAAGAUUCAGUUACUAUUUAAAUUCACCAUUUCUGUUUUGGUCUUUUUUUUUUGAGAUGGAGUCUCGCUCUGUUGCCCAGGCUGGAGUGCAGUGGUGCAAUCUCGGCUCACUGCAAGCUCCGCCUCCUGGGUUCACACCAUUCUCCUGCCUCAGCCUCCCGAGUAGCUGGGACUACAGGCGCCCGCCACAACGCCCGGCUAAUUUUUUUUUUUUUUGUAUUUUUAGUAGAGAUGGGGUUUCAACAUGUUAGCCAGGAUGGUCUCGAUCUCCUGACCUCAUGAUCCGCCCGCCUCGGCCUCCCAAAGUGCUGGGAUUACAGGCAUGAACCACUGCGCCUGGCCUCUGUUUUGGUCUUAUAAAGAGACCUUGGUUUAAUUACCCAGAGGAAGUCCCCCUCACCUUUUUUUUUUUUUUUUUCUUAGUUCUGCUUCUGGAAAGUGUUUUAUAAAGUUUUCUCAGUGAGGGUUCUUAAGAGUUUUCUUUGGCCUCUUUUCUCUCAACAAUAAAUUGAUGAUUUUAUAUCAACUUUUUCAAUAAAAGAUACAUUAUCAUUACUGGCUAUAAAUCAUCCUGGGGAGAUUUAUAACCAGGUUAAAAAUAAUGUCUUUUACUUCUCUCACCUUUUACUUGUGGUUCAGACGCUCAGACUGUGCAUGUUUGUGUCGUGUCUGUUGCUCUGCUGCUUUCCAUGCAGGCAUUUUUAAUUUUGCACAAUCCUAACAAUAUAUGGAACUCAUUCCUAUGAAUAUAUAAAAGGAGGCUUCCAAAAUUUUCUAUUAAAAUAUUUCAGGAUAAAUUAAGUGUUGAUAAUUUGAAAAAAAAAAUUUCAAUGAGCUGCUUAUAGUAAAAAUGGUAGAAUCAGAGUUUUCAUUCUUUCACUAAGAAAUCUUUCUGUAAGAUUGGCUUAUAGAUAAAAUGAGACAAACUACUAUGUAUGAUAAAACACCUUCAGAGUCAUGCCUUGUUUUGUUUUAUUUUAUUUUAUUUUUAUUUUUUGAGACAGAGGUCUCGCUCUGUCGCCUAGGUUGGAGUGCAGUGGUGCAGUCUCGCUCACUGCAGCCUCCACCUCCCAGGUUCAAGUGAUUGUCCUGUCUCAGCUUCCUUAGUAGCUGGGACUACAGGUGUACACCAUCACGCCCGGCUAAUUUUUGUUUUUUUACUAGAGGUGGGGUUUUGCCAUGUUUGCCAGGCUGGUCUCAAACUCCUGACCUCAGGUAAUCCACUCCCCCCAACCUCCCAAAGUGCUGGGAUUUCAGGCGUGAGCCACCCCGCCCAGCUGAGUCAUGCCUUAUUUUCGUAGUAUACCAAUAAAUGUUCUAUGGAAGUUUACGUUUUAACACCUCUUUUAUACUUGGUAAAAUUGCCUGUGUUUCGCUUUAUUCUUUUUUUUUUUUUUUUUUUUUGAGACGGACUCUUGUACUGUUGCCCAAGCUGAAGUGCAGUGGCGAGAUCUUGGCUCACAACAACCUCCGCCUCCUGGGUUCAAGUGAUUCUUCUGCCUCAGCCUCCCAAGUAGCAGGGAUUACAGGCAUGUGCCACCACACCUGGCUUAUUUUUGUAUUUUUAGUAGAAAUAAAAUACAUGGCUUCGCCAUGUUGACCAGGCUGGUCUCAACUCCUCGGGGAAUCCGCCUGCCUUGGCCUUCCAGAGUGCUGGGAUUACAGGCGUGAGCCUCUGGAACCUGGCCUUGUUUUGCUUUAUUUUUUCUCUUACAUGAAGUAAAGCGCUUUGGUCAAACAGACACAAAAAUACUGCCUUGUACUGGUGGUUGGUUUCAUUAGUGGAUCACACACAGUGUUCUACUUGUAUAAAAUGGUGCCUUGGAUAGGGUGAGUUUGGAUAAGUAUGUAUGUAUGAGUUAUAGCAAAAUUAAGUAGAUUGAAUCAAGUCCAUGCAAAAGCAAUAAAACAGGUAGUUUUAAUUUUUUCUAGGUUCUUUUAAAAAAUGAUGUAACUUAUGUGGAAGUCUUCAUAGAACUUUUUUCUUUCCUGGAACUAUUGAAAUGUAAUUUAGGAUGAUUUGAUGUUCCAUCUCAAGUUGUCAACAUGGCUGUGUCAUUAUGGCUUACACAUGUUUUAUCUAACAAAAUUCUAGUCAAGGGAUAAGGGCAUAAUGAAGACAAGCUUCAGUUGUGAAAGUACAAACUAUUUGUGUGAUUAAUUUUAAAAAAUGACAUUAAGCCCAUUGUAAAAGAAUAUUUGCAGUCAAAUGAUUUUUCUUGUUGUAAGUCUUGUUGUAGCUAUGUUUUGGGUAGUGGUUCUCAUCUACCUUGGAGUGCAUAAGACUUACCUAGUAGGCUUGUUUAAAAAGUUCAGAUUCCCAGCUUUGUACCCAGGGAUUGCCUUAGGUGGUAUCGGCUGUGGUCCUGGAGUCAUCACUUUUAUAAAUAGUGGUUCAGAGACCACAGAGAGACUGCUUCAUCGAAUGGGAAGUACCAAGGAGAAAGUACAAUUCUGUAUUGUCUGGAGGCAAGUGGACACUUUGUACCUGAGGUUUAGAAUAGGUGGUCUCUUGCCAGUACAAUCCCCAGGCGUUUUCUGUGUUCAGAAGUAGUAAGAAUGCUUUUAAUUCAGAGGAUUAUCUAAGCUCCUUAAAGCUGUUUUUCUCCAUUGUCAUAGUGCCUUCUCUGAAAAACGAAUGUACAAGUAUCCUAUUUUCUAACAUGUAAUUAGGAUUUUUUAAAAGCAAUUUUUGAUAGUUUUUCUUUUAAAAAGUAAAAUUCAGCAUUGUGACUUGAAUCCCCAAAUCUUUCACAUACAGGUGAAACAUUAAGUAAAAAUAAAAGUAAUGAACAAGAAGGAAGACAAGAUCCUAAUUUCUGUCAUUAGUGACCUAAGUACCCCAUAUCAGAAACUUUGCAAAACAGAUCUAGGGACAGAAGGAUUUUGAAAGACGUUUUUCUUGGGGGAGGAAUUUCGUGUGCUAGAACUACAGUUUAAAUGUAGUGUUUUUAUGAGCAAGGGAAGGUAGCAUUGAUUCCCAAAGCUUUCUAAUUAGAUACAUGCUGUCAUGGAUGUAAGCCUUAAAGGAGUUAAUACUAAUCUUGUACAUACACAAAUUUUCCUCAGGUUUCUUUUUUACUUUAAAAAAUGAUUUGUUAAAAGUACUUUCUGCUAGACCCUUGCCUUCGAGUUUCUUUGAAAUUUAAUAUAGUUUUUAAAAAGUGCAAUGGGAUGAGAUUAUGCUAUUAGUAUAUUAAAAGCAUGUUUCUGCUUUACUCCAAUUUGUAAGAUCAUUUAAUGGAAUAAAGAUCACAACACCA